CUAGCUGCCUCCUGCUCUUCGCUGAGUUUACGGAGUCACACACAGCUCCAUUCGUAGCACGAAAAAACUUCACACGUCUUCUUGAUACCCCCCAAAACCGUCAUCAUGUACGGCACCGGAACAGGCCCUCAAACGGGCGUUUCUACCCCUCGAUCCAACGCUUCUCUGCGACCUCUCACUCUCCGCCACGGUUCUCUCGAGACCUCUCUCCUCGUACCGACCGCCCUGCACUUCCAUGCCUCCCAAUUGAAGGACCGCUUCAAUGCCACUCUCCCCACCGCCACAGAUGAGCUUGCUCAAGACGACGAGCCUUCGUCCGUUGCAGAGCUGGUCGCAAGAUACAUGGGCUUCGUCGCCGACGAGGUCGAAAAGGGCGAGGACGACGAGUCAGGCUCUUACGAAGAGGUCCUGAAGCUCGUCCUUAACGAGUUCGAGCGCGGCUACCUUCAGGGCAACGAGGUCCACGCUCUCGCUGCCACGCUGCCCGGCAUUGACGCCAAGAAGUUGGUUGUCAUCCGCAGCUACUACAAAGCCAGACAAACCACUGGUCGCUCUAUCAAGGCCUACGGUUCAGCGCUCUUCCGCGCAUCCGACGAUGGCUCUGCCGACAUCUACACCAUUUUCGGCGGUCAGGGCAACAUCGAGGAGUACUUCGAGGAGUUGCGCGAGAUCUACAAGACGUACAACCCCUUUGUCGGCGAGCUUAUUUUGAACGCUGCCGAGCUCCUUCAGAACCUUUCCAAACACCCCGAGGCUGAGAAGCUUUACCCCAAGGGCUUGGAUAUCAUGAGAUGGCUCGAGAGCGAGGAUGCGACCCCCGAUGUCGACUACCUCAUCUCAGCCCCUGUCAGCUUCCCCUUGAUUGGUCUCGUGCAGCUUGCGCACUACGAGGUCACUUGCAAGGUUUUGGGCGUUCACCCUGGUCUGCUCCGCGACCAGAUCAGUGGUACGACUGGUCACUCCCAGGGCAUUGUGCUCGCUGCUAUCACUGCCGCCGCCGAGUCCUGGGAGUCAUGGAAGGAGCUUGCCCCUUCUGCGCUCACCAUUCUCUUCUGGAUCGGUGCUCGCAGCCAGCAGGUGUUCCCCCGCACCUCGUUGACGCCCACCAUGCUGAGAGAGUCGGCCGACAACGGCGAGGGCACCCCCACGCCCAUGCUUAGCAUUAGAGACCUCUCCCAGGCUGAGGUCCAGAAGCACAUUGAUGCGACCAACAAGUACCUGCCCGCUGAUCGUCACAUCUCCAUCUCUCUGAUCAACAGCCCGCGCAACCUGGUUGUCACGGGUCCUCCCAUCUCCCUGUACGGUCUCAACGCGCAGCUCCGCAAGGUCAAGGCGCCUACCGGUUUGGACCAGAACCGUAUCCCUCACACCCAGCGCAAGCUCCGCUUCGUCCACCGCUUCCUGCCCAUCACUGCACCCUUCCACAGCAAGUACCUUGCUGAGGCGACGGAGCUCAUUGAUGAGGACUUGAAGAACAUCAAGAUCCCCUCCAAGUCUCUGGGCACUGCGGUCUUCGACACCAACACUGGCAAAGAUCUCCGUGAGGCUGGCGACAGCAACAUCGUGCCUACUCUCAUUCGUCUCAUUACCAGAGACCCCGUCAACUGGGAGAAGGCCACCGUCUUCCCCCAGGCUACUCACGUCCUUGACUUCGGCCCUGGUGGUAUUUCUGGUCUUGGUGUUCUUACCAGCAGAAACAAGGAGGGUACUGGUGUCCGCGUUAUUCUCGCUGGUUCCGUUGACGGCUCCAUCACCGAAGUUGGCUACAAGCCUGAGCUUUUUGACCGUGAUGAGGAGCACGCGGUCAGAUAUGCCGUGGACUGGGUUAAGGAGUUCGGUCCUCGCCUGGUCAGCACAUCCAACGGCGAUACCUACGUCGAUACCAAGAUGAGCAGACUGUUGGGCCUUCCUCCUAUGGUCGUCGCUGGUAUGACUCCUUGCACGGUCCCCUGGGAUUUCGUCGCUGCCACCAUGAACGCUGGCUACCACAUUGAGUUGGCCGGUGGUGGUUACUUCGACCCCACCAUGAUGACCGCCGCCCUGAGAAAGAUCGAGGGUGCCAUCCCGGCUGGACGUGGUAUCGGCGUCAACUUGAUCUACGUCAACCCUCGUGCCAUGCAGUGGCAGAUCCCCAUGCUUGGAAGACUUAGAGCCGAGGGUGUCCCCAUCGAGGGCCUGACCAUCGGUGCUGGUGUUCCUUCCGUUGAGGUCGCUCAGGAAUACAUUGACACCCUGGGUCUCAAGCACAUCAGCUUCAAGCCCGGCUCCGUCGAUGCUAUUCAGGCCGUUGUCAACAUCGCCAAGGCGAACCCGACCUUCCCCGUUCUCUUGCAGUGGACCGGUGGUCGUGGAGGUGGUCACCACUCUUACGAGGAUUUCCACCAGCCUAUCCUUACCAUGUACCCUCGCAUCCGUCGUCAGGAGAACAUCAUCCUGGUUGCCGGCAGUGGCUUCGGCGGUGCUGAGGAUACCUACCCGUACCUCACCGGUGAAUGGUCCAAGAGCUACGGCUACCCUCCCAUGCCUUUCGACGGUACUCUGUUCGGUAGUCGCAUGAUGGUCGCCAAGGAGGCCAAGACCAGCCCUGCUGCCAAGCAGGCCAUCAUCGACGCCCCUGGUGUUGAGGACAGCGAGUGGGAGAAGUCCUACACUGGACCUACCGGCGGUGUCGUCACCGUUCUGUCUGAGAUGGGCGAGCCUAUCCACAAGCUUGCUACUCGUGGUGUCCUUUUCUGGGCUGAGAUGGACAAGAAGAUCUUCUCCCUCCCCAAGGAGAAGCGCGUCGCUGAGCUGAAGAAGAACCGCGACUACAUUGUCAAGAAGCUCAACGACGACUUCCAGAAGGUUUGGUUCGGUCGCAACCGCGCUGGCCAGGCCGUCGAUCUGGAGGACAUGACCUACGGUGAGGUUGUCCGCCGCAUGGUCGACUUGCUUUACAUCCGCCACGAGCAGCGCUGGAUCGACCCCACUUUCAUCAGACUCACUGGUGACUUCAUCCGCCGUGUUGAGGAGCGCUUCACCUCCAAGGCAGGCCAGGUCGCUCAACUCCAGGACUUCAAGGAUCUCCAGACUCCUUACGAGACUGUUGAGAAGAUUCUCUCGCACUACCCCGAUGCUGAGACUCAACUCAUCAACGCCCAGGAUGUCCAGCAUUUCCUGAUGCUCUGCCUCCGUCCCAUCCAGAAGCCCGUCACUUUCAUUCCUACCCUGGAUGAGAACUUUGACUUCUAUUUCAAGAAGGACUCCCUGUGGCAGUCUGAGGACCUCGGCGCCGUCAUUGGCCAGGAUGUCGGCCGUACCUGCAUUCUUCAGGGACCUACUGCCGUCAGGUUCUCCACGGUCAUUGAUGAGCCCAUUAAGGAUAUCCUUGACGGCAUUCACAAGACCCACGUUGAGUACUUGACCAGAGACCUCUACAAGGGCGACAAGAAGGCCAUCCCUACCAUUGAGUACUUCGGUGGCAAGCUCAUUGAGACUGAGAUCCCUGUUGAGGAUGUCGAUGGCCUCACCGUUUCCUACGAUGAUGCCCACAAGAACACCUACCGCCUCUCCACCUCGCCUUCCGCGACCCUUCCCAGCCUUGAUGCUUGGUUGGCCCUGCUUGCCGGCCCCGAUCGCAGCUGGCGCCACGCUCUUCUGACCUCUGAGGUUGUUGUUCAGGGCCAAAAGUUCCAGACAAACCCUCUCAAGCGUAUCUUCGCGCCGACCCGCGGCCUCUUCGUCGAGAUCCACAACCCCAAGGAUGCGAAGAACACCAAGAUCAUUGUCAAGGAGCAGCCUCGCCACAACCAGUACGUUGACGUCAUUGAGGUCAAGCUGGAGGGCAAGAACGAGAUUGUUGUCAACAUGAUCAAGGAUACCACCGCUCUUGGCAAGCCCGUGGCCCUGCCUCUCAAGUUCACCUACCACCCUGAGGCCGGCUACGCCCCGAUCCACGAAGUCAUGGAGGGUCGUAACGACCGCAUCAAGGAGUUCUACUGGCGUGCGUGGUUCGGUGACGAGACCUUCAACCUCGACGCCGAUGUCAGCAGCAAGUUCGAUGGUGGCAAGGCUACGAUUACUGGCGAGAGCAUCAACGACUUCAUCCAUGCCGUUGGCAACACUGGUGAGGCCUUCGUCGAGCGUCCCGGCAAGACUGUCUACGCGCCCAUGGAUUUUGCCAUCGUCGUCGGCUGGAAGGCUAUCACCAAGCCUAUCUUCCCUCGCACCAUUGACGGUGACCUGCUUAAGCUUGUCCACCUGUCAAACGAGUUCCGCAUGAAGCCUGGUGCCGAGCCUCUUAAGAAGGGCGACGAGGUCUCCACCACCGCUCAGAUCAACGCCGUCAUCAACCAGGAGUCUGGUAAGAUGGUCGAGGUCUGCGGUACCAUCUACCGCGAUGGCGAGGCUGUCAUGGACGUCACCUCUCAGUUCUUGUACCGCGGUGCUUACACCGACUACGAGAACACCUUCCAGCGCAAGAUGGAGACGCCCAUCCAGCUGCACUUGGCCACCAGCAAGGACGUCGCUGUUCUUAAGUCGAAGCAGUGGUUCAACACUGAUGACUUGCCCCGCGACCUCGACCUCCUCGGACAGACUCUUACUUUCCGUCUUCAGAGCUUCUACCGCUACAAGACCAAGACGAUGUACAGCAGCGUUUCCACCCAGGGCCAGGUCCUUCUUGAGCUUCCCACCAAGGAGAUCAUCCAGGUUGCCAGCGUUGACUACGAGGCUGGCCAGUCCAACGGCAAUCCCGUUGUCGACUACCUCGAGCGCACUGGUGCCCCUCUUGACCAGCCCCUCAACUUUGAGAACCCCAUCCCUCUCAGCGGUCGUACCCCUCUCCAGCUCCGCGCCCCUGCCACCAACGAGAACUACGCCCGUGUCUCUGGUGACUACAACCCCAUUCACGUUUCCCGCGUGUUUGCCAACUACGCUGCCCUCCCUGGUACCAUCACUCACGGCAUGUACUCUAGUGCUGCCGUUCGUAGCUUGGUUGAGACCUGGGCUGCUGAGAACAAUAUUGGUCGUGUUCGCAGCUUCCAUGCUUCUCUGGUUGGCAUGGUCCUCCCCAACGACGACCUUCAGGUCAAGCUUCAGCACGUUGGUAUGGUUUCUGGCCGCAAGAUCAUCAAGGUCGAGGCCAGCAACAAGGAGACUGAGGAGAAGGUCCUUCUCGGUGAGGCCGAGGUUGAGCAGCCCGUCACCGCCUACGUCUUCACUGGCCAAGGUUCUCAGGAGCAGGGCAUGGGUAUGGAGCUGUACGCCAGCAGUGACGUUGCCAAGGACGUCUGGGACCGUGCCGACAAGUACCUCCUUGACAACUACGGCUUCUCCAUCACCAACAUCGUCAAGAACAACCCGAAGGAGCUCACCGUUUACUUCGGUGGCCCUCGCGGCAAGGCCAUCCGUCAGAACUACAUGGCCAUGACCUUCGAGACCGUUGCCGCCGAUGGAAGCAUCAAGUCCGAGCGCAUCUUCAAGGAGAUUGACGAGAAGACCACUUCUUACACCUACCGCUCGCCCACCGGCCUGCUGUCCGCCACUCAGUUCACUCAGCCCGCCCUUACCCUCAUGGAGAAGGCCAGCUUUGAGGACAUGAAGUCCAAGGGUCUCGUUCCCCGGGACUGCACCUUCGCCGGCCACUCCCUGGGUGAAUACUCUGCCCUUGCCGCCUUGGCUGAGGUCAUGCCCAUUGAGAGUUUGGUGUCGGUUGUCUUCUACCGUGGCUUGACCAUGCAAGUCGCUGUCGAGCGUGACGCCGCUGGCCGUUCCAACUACUCCAUGUGCGCCAUCAACCCCAGCAGAAUCUCCAAGACUUUCAAUGAGGAGGCUCUGCAGUUUGUUGUUGACUGCAUCUCCGAGGAGACUGGCUGGCUCCUUGAGAUUGUCAACUACAACAUCGCCAACAUGCAGUACGUCGCUGCUGGUGACUUGCGCGCGCUCGACACUCUCACCGGUGUCACCAACUUCCUCAAGCAACAGAAGAUUGACAUUGAGGAGAUGCGUGGCAACAUUGACGAGGCCAAGGGUGCUCUCAAGGAGAUCAUCAAGGGCAGCGCCGAGGCUACCCUCAAGAAGCCCACGCCUCUGGAGCUCCAGCGUGGCUUCGCAACGAUUCCUCUCCGCGGUAUCGACGUGCCUUUCCACUCGACAUUCCUGCGGUCUGGCGUCAAGCCUUUCCGAUCGUUCCUUCUCAAGAAGAUCAACAAGACGACGAUCGACCCUGCCAAGCUUGUUGGCAAAUACAUCCCCAACGUGACGGCGAAGCCUUUCGCCAUCACCAAGGAGUACUUUGAGGAUGUUUACAAGCUGACCAACUCGCCCAAGAUUGCUCAAAUCUUGGCGAACUGGGAUCAGUUCACCCAGGACGGCCCUGGCCCCAACGGAGUCAACGGCCUUGCUGGUGAGCACGAGGGCCCCGGCGCCGCGGCAUAAGCUGUGUGUGCAACUGCAAGGAGGAAGAGAAAUCGGGUUACGGUAUAACGAAUGACAAAAAGGCAGAGGAAUGAAGAUGAUUCCUGGUGGGGGCAUUGAAUGACUCUAGACGGCGUAAGCGUUGUACACAUUAGGGAUGUUGUUUAUUGAUGACUGUUUUAUCAUGCUGCGUUUAGAGAGCUUUUUGUUUGGUCAAUAUUUGCUUGGGGCGUUUAUUAUUCUAGAGUUAUUAAAUUGUGGCACAAGAAGAGAAUAGAGCAACUAAAGUUCAACAAGCUGUGUACCCGGUAAAGUUUCCG